AAGGAGCGACGACUAGCACUAUAUAUGACGCUAGUGUUGUGCUGUCGCAAACUUCAUGCGAUCAAUGAUUGCAUAUUUAUUCUAGAAGAAAUUGGAAAAAUGAUUCAUCUUUCCACCUGCUUCGAUCACAACCCUCUCCAAAGCAUUGAUUCUGCUACCGUUUCGAUCACGACCCUCUCCAAAGCAUUGAUUCUGCUACCGUGGUAUCUAAAACCUGUAAAACCAUAACAAGAUUUCACAGCUGUGCUCUAGAUGUUAUAGAUUUAAUUGUUUUUUCCUUAUGUGCAAUUUGUGCUACCUGAAUCCAGAAUACAUCAUUUUAUUUAUGCACUGAACUCUGUAUUUUUCGACUUUUUCUUUGCCCUUAUGGUCUUGAUCAAUUAACCCAUACCCUGCGCAACCGUGUGGAGGGCUACCUGGGGACAUAUUGUUUCGCAUACAUUCCCUACUGCCAAUGCGUGAAGCUGCUCGUACUGCUUGCAUAUCUCCCACCUUUUUCCAAUCCUGGAGAUGUCAUUCCAAUCUCCUCUUCACUAAGGAUACGAUUGGCUUGAAGAGAGGUGCGUGUGGAGAGAAUUUUGACGACAAGAUUGACCGCAUUCUCAGGAACCACUCUGGCUGCUUGAAAACAUUCAACAUUGACUACUAUGGCACGCGCGGGUUCAGCGGCACUAGUUAUUUUGACCGUUGGCUUCAGAUUGCUCUUAAACCAGGGAUCGAAGAACUCACCCUCGUGUUGUCUGAAACGAAGCGAAAGUACAACUUCCCAUGCUCGCUUUUAUCUGCCGGGGUUCGAAACUCACUUCGGUACCUUAGACUCCAAUUUUGUGCCCUCCAUCCCACAGUUGAACUGGGCCCCUUGAGAAGCCUGAAAAGCCUGUAUCUGUGGCGUGUGAGCAUUACAUGGAAUGAGUUAGAGUGCCUUAUUUUCAACUCUCUUACUUUGGAGCUACUGGAUCUUAUUAGUUGCCCUGAGAUUGAAUGCCUGAAGCUACCUUGUGCUCUGCAGCGGCUCAGCGCGCUUAGUGUUUUAGCGUGCGAGAGACUGAAAGUGAUAGAGAGCAAAGCUCCAAAUCUCUCCGGUUUAUACCUUUGCGGAAACUGGUUAGACUUCUCACUUGUGGAAACAUUGCCAAUAAAGGAACUAGAAUUGCAACAAACAAACCUUAUCUGUGAUGCUCGUGCCAAGCUGCCAUCCCUUAUGCCAAAUAUUGAAACUCUUGCCAUACAAUCAUCGAGAGAGGUGGUUGAUGCACCAAUGCUGCCUACCAAAUUCCUCCACCUUAAGCACCUGACCAUCACUGUGAGAUCAGGAGCAAUUGUUUCCCGAGCAUAUGACUACUUUUCUCUGGUUUCUUUCCUCGACGCUUCUCCUUCCUUGGAGACUUUGAUAUUAGAUGUGACUCAGCGGCGUAUGGUGCAUAAAUCAAUUUUUGCGGAUUCACAACUGAGGCACAUGCCUGAACACCACCAUGGCCACCUCAAGAACGUCAAGAUUAGCGGUUUCAACUCUGCGAAGUGCGUGGUUGAACUAACAUGUUAUAUUCUCAAGAACGCGGUGUCACUUGAGUGUCUUACAUUGGACACCAUAUAUGGGAGUAGGUGUGAUGAUCAAGGCGAGGACAACUGGUGUACUCCCAUGACGGAUGGCAUUCUCAUGGAAAUUCCUUGGGCACUCUUGGCUAUCAAAACACACAUUGAGAAUAAAGUUCCACCUACAGUUCACUUAACUGUUCUGGAGCCUUGCAGCAAAUGCCAUGCUAAUGGACUAGAGCGGGUAUUAUCGCAGUCGUGACAUGGUGUCAUUUACAUUUAGUUCUAAAUGAGCCAUGUUUUGUAUCUUGAACUAUUUAUGUGUGACCCUACUGUACAACAAAUUUUUAGUUCAAUCUUGGAUGGACAUUUUUAUAUUUUUCCUGGUGUGGCAUGUUGAUAUGGUUGCAAGGGUUUGUUGUGCUGUGCCCCAGCUGAACCUAUUUUGUACCUUGUUGCACUCCUUGCUUUCCUUUGAACCUUGAACCUUUGAUGUUGUCGCAUCUUGGUGCG